GAUUGGUCGUGUGUGAAACUGGCGUAGUGCGCAUGCGCAGUGCAGUGUGCGUCCAUUAGCAGGAGGGUCGCUGCUGGUUUUCAAACAGGAUGAACGCGCCACCGGCAUUCGAGUCCUUUUUGCUAUUCGAGGGAGAAAAGAAGAUCACAAUAGUUAAAGACACCAAGGUGCCGAAUGCAUGUCUGUUCACACUGAAUAAAGAGGAUCACACGCUGGGGAACAUCAUCCGCUCGCAACUGCUGAAGGACCCUCAGGUGCUGUUUGCUGGGUAUAAGGUUCCUCAUCCUCUAGAACACAAGAUUGUGAUCCGCGUUCAGACGACACCAGACUACAGUCCCCAGGAAGCCUUCACUAAUGCCAUCACUGAUCUGAUCAGUGAGCUGUCCCUGCUGGAGGAGCGAUUCAGGGUUGCCAUCAAAGACAAGCAGGAGGGAAUAGAAUGAAGAACCAUCACACUCCACUGGAUGACAACAACUCAUUCUCAACUAACUGAAUUGCUACAUUAGUAUUUAAAAAAAAAAAAAAAU